AUGGCCACCACCACCGCUGCACCGGUUUUCCAUCUCCAUCAAUCUCCUUCUUCGGGGAUCAAUUGGCUACCUUCAUCUCAAGCCAACGACGCCGAAUCUAAGCUCUGCGAUAGUGGAAGCUACAGAGAUCCUUUGGUCCAUCCAUCUCAAUCUUCAGUCCAGAUGCCCCAAUCGUACAAUGCGCCAGAGUCAAGGAUAUCGAACCAGCACGCGAUCUCCCAUACCGGCAACAUCACCACUACAUCUUCCUCCUCCUCCUCGUCCUUGCCGUCUUCUUCGUCAUCCGCUACAACCACAACAGUCGCCUGCUCGUCAACUUCAACAACGAGCACCUUCACAACAAUCACCAGUCACAAAGAGAUGCCAUUCUACGGCCUCCCACCCGAGAUCCUCCAACACAUCGCCAGCUUCCUCCCCUUCCACGGCCUCGUCCGUCUCUACACAUCUCUCCCCAAACUCCACCGCCCCAUCUUUCAACUCCUCCUCGACCACUCCCUAGCCCUCAUGAUGCUCACCCUUGAAAUCCGGCAACUGUCGGAUGAGCAACCGCCGAUAAGGGACUCGUUUUUUGUGUCGAUGAAUAAUAACCCGAAUGGGGUAGGAGCUGCGAGGAAGUUGCAGACUCAUUGGAGGGUGACGGAUUUUGAUCUGGAAAGGAUGAGGGUUGAGUUCCAGUUGGAGGAGAAGUUGGGGUUGGAGAUGGUGGAGCGGAGGAGGUGGGAGGUUGAGUACCAGAUCCAGCAGCAGUUGUUACAGCAGGGUAGGAAGAAGGAGCAAUUGGACAGCACCCGGCUUGGGCUGCAGAGGCAGGGACAGGGAGAAGAGGAGGAUAUUGAGAACUUGAUCUGGAGGACGCGGACGGGAGGGAUCAGCAACAGUAGUAGUACCAGUAGCCUGAUAGGCAUUCUGGGAACAGGAGCAGGAGGAGCAGAAUCACAGCAGAGGUAUAAUGCGGAGGUCUCGGACAGUAAUUUCUUUCAUUGCAAUGGGUCCAGUCAUACGCCGACCUUGGGAUCUGCAACGGUCUCGUUCAAGGCGCAGAGGAACAUGCCCGCCCCCUGGAUCUCGCAGCAUUUCGAUUUCGCGGAUCACUCGACUCUUACAUCUUCACUAGCUUCGGUGUCGGCAUCGGUAUCGGCAUCGGCAUCGGCAUCUUCAUCAACGUCUUCGGCACCAGCGGAGACGCCAGCCGUGAUCAGAGCCCGCGAGCGUGUAGCAGCCCACCAACAGAACCGCCUUCUACUCCGCGCACUGGCAAAGAUGAGAAGCUGUGAAGAGUCGAGCAAGUUACAGUUUCUGCCCGUCACUGUCGAGUUGGAGACUGAGGAGUUGGGCCAGAAGAAGGUUGAGGCCGAGUUGGUAGAUGGUACCACUGCUGGUGUACGGCGACGAACCUCUUCGGGGUACGGGAAGGUCUCUGAAGUGAGUGCAAGUCUGGAGCAAGGAGCCAAGUUGGGACGAAGACAUUCGUGGCAGGCUUUGAGACCGCCUACCGACCGAGCGUACGGUACUGGCUCUGGAAUUGGCGUGUCGUCGGCUCAGCACCCUCACCAGCAUCAUCAUUACUCGGCAUUGGAGCCGUUGUUGACUUUUGGGAAUGAUUUGAGUUCGAGUGGAUGGACAAAGGCACUUAAACGGAUUCUGAAACGGUCGUCAUGGAACGGGAAUAGCAGCGCUCGGUCGCGGGCGCACACAGCACCUCCUGUCAGCACUACACCUGUGUCUUCCACCGGAUGCAGUGUUUGUGAUGCUCAACAUUAUCAGUAUUACAACCACUACAAUCAACAACAGCAGCAGCAACAGCCUCAACGUCGGUCCAUGGACUCCUUACGAACAGUUGAUUGGUCGUCGGUCUUUCACAGCGUCGCGUCGUCCAUGAACCGGUCCUCCUCCUCCACUUCCUCUCACUCCACCACUACCAGUGCCACUUCUGGUGGAGCAUGUCAAUGUCAGAACAGGAAGUCAGUCCUCCUCACCACAUCCAAACAACAGGACCCUUCCGCCGCUGCUCCCGUCGCCGCCUCCACCCCCGCCACAAAAGCAACGAUCUCAACAGCCCUCAUCACCAAACGACGAUCCUUCUCAAACAUGGUCGCAGGCUAUCGCAAGGGCAAGACCUCAACCUCUGAUAGCCCAACAGUGGCAUCUUCCACGGUCGACAAGGGCAAAGGGAAAGGCAAGAGCAAGUCGACUGUUUCAGGACCCACACCCUCCCCUUCAUCGUCAGAGCAGGAACAGGAACGGAAAGCUGAGGAAAGGCACCAAAAGCUGUUUGAGUUCUCGUACGGCGUACGACACAACUACCUACAUAGUCAUCGUCUCGAAGGCGAGCGUGUCAUUCGUCCCAUGCGGUUUGCUUGUUCUUUGGACUUUUUCAUCCAGGAUUAG